ACCGAUAUGUUCUUGUCUGAUCGGAUUUCGGACCUACAUCAGACGAGAACUUAUCGCAUAUAAAAUAUUUAAAAUUCGUUUUGCUGGUCCAAAAUUCGCUGAGAACGCCCUCAUUAGGCCCGAACCGCUCCUGUGCGCAUGUCGAGCGACCUACACACAAAAAGCACUAAACAGGCCAGAAUCCGAAUCCGAAUCCGAACACGAGCACACGACUCACCCAUGUAUAUAUAUAUAAAUAUAGGCAACUGCACCACCGACUGCUGAGGAGUUGGCGCGGUUCUCGGUGGUUAGUUGAGCGUUUGGUGGCAUUGCGAGCGGACGGAGAGCGUUGCGGAAAAGCAGAAAAGCGGAAAAGCUGGCCACUGCGACAAAGGUUAAGCAGCGACAAACACAAAACGACAACAAAGGGAAAACGCAUCUAAGCUGGCGAAGGAGAGAUCUGACAUAUGAAAAAAAGUAACCAGCCAAGACCAACGCACUUUGGGUUUCUUUGUUACGAUCUUUUUUUUAACAUCGCAGCACGUCGAAAUCAACAAAAAAAAAAGACUCAAAAUAGUGCGCAAUAAUUAACAGAAAAAAAAAACACCAACAAAAUACAACGAACGCGAAACGUGCGCAAUAAUUUGUUUAAAAUCAAUGAAGACUGCAACUGCGCAAAACUGAAAAAUUGCAUCAUAGCCAAGACAGAACGGGCUAACGGGGGAAAAAAAAAAGAAACGUCUAUGAGCUAGGAAAAGUGAAAAAUCAAUAGGGGGUCCGAAAUAAGUAAUAACCCUAUAAAAAAAGUACCUAAAUAGGGGGAUCUGAACCUAUCCUAUAUAUACAUACCCCCCUAUUUCGUGAGAGAAGUGCAUCCCGACAUGCCUUCCCUUUUGGAGGCGCUGGAGCGCAAGUAUUUCGCAGAAUGCGAAUUCGAGAAUGCCCACCAACCGGAACUCCACAAACGGAGUGACCUACCCAAUGACUUUACGGUCACGAAGUGCGGCGGACGCAUGGAGUUCUCCAUCUUCAUACCCCGUCUAUCGCCAUUGACUAGUGUGCCAGCCUUGCUGGUCCUCAACGACUGUGACAUCGAUUCGGCCGGGGACUUCGAGAGCAUCCGGGAGAAGUGCCAGCGUGUGAGGGAACUGGAUUUAGCCCAGAACAAGCUUAGCGACUGGUCGGAGGUCUUCAGCAUACUGGAGCACAUGCCGCGCAUCGAGUUCCUCAACCUGAGCAAGAACCAGCUGGCCAGUCCGAUUAGUUCGUUGCCCACGGCUCCCACGAUCAAUCUGAAAAGCCUGGUGUUGAAUGGCACUUAUCUGGAUUGGGCCUGCGUGGAUGCCCUUCUAAAGAAUCUGCCCGUGCUCCAGGAAUUGCAUCUCAGCCUGAAUAACUACAGGCAGGUAUUGAUCGAUGCCGAGGCGGCGGAACAGCGACUGCAGGAAACGGAAACGCCAGAGGAAACGGAGCGGCGAAUCACCAAAGCCCAUCCUGCUCUUAAGACCCUGCAUUUCACCGGUAAUCCCGUCGAGCAUUGGCAAGAAAUAUGUCGGCUGGGCCGGCUGUUUCCCAAUCUAGAGGCCCUGGUCUUGGCAGAUUGUCCCAUCAGAUCGCUGCAUGCGGAGGAGAGCAGCGAUACCCAUAGAUACUUCCCCAGCCUUAGACUACUUAACCUGAGUUCCGCCCAACUGGACAGCUGGUCGGCCAUUGAUCAGCUGGCCAAGUUUGGACAACUACGUAAUCUUCGAGUGAAACACUGGCCAUUGUGGGAAAGCCUUGAAUGCACAGAGCACGAACGAAGGCAGCUUCUAAUAGCCCGACUGCCCAAUGUGGAGAUGCUCAAUGGAGGCGGGAAGAUCAGCAACGAUGAGCGAGUAGAUUCCGAACGAGCAUUUGUCAGAUACUAUAUGGACAAGCCGAAGGAGGAGCGACCAGAGCGAUACGAAGAGCUCCUGCAGAUCCAUGGCAAACUGGAUCCCUUGGUCAAUGUGAACCUGAAACCAGACAAACGGGUCAAGGUUCUCUUCACCUACAACGAUGUCAGCGAGAGUCGAUUCGUGGACAUCUACCUGACCGUCAACGAUCUGAAGGCCAAGCUGGAGAAACUGGUGGGUCUGGCGCCCAACAAGAUGCGUCUCUACUAUCUGGAUCAGGACUACAAGGAGUUUGGCCCGGAGGAGAUGCGGUUUCCCAACAAACAGCUGUAUAGCUACAAUAUUCAGUCGGGUGACGAGAUUAUCAUCGAUGCCAAGAAAUGAUAGGCUUCCGUAGCUAAAGAGGAUUACCCCAUUAUCCCCCCGAACCUUUGUGCUUCGUCAACACCCCCAAAAAACCCACCCCCCGCCUGGUGCUACAACUUGUGAUCUUGUACACGAAUCAUUUAAACCUUAACGUACUUUACUUCUACUGUUAACGCUGUUCUGUUCUCCCCAGCGAAUCACAACUGUGUAAAUACGUUCUGACAACAACAAAAAACUAAAACUAAAACGGCCAAGCGAGCAUUAUUGCGCACCCACAACGUAUAUUUUAAUUACUGCCUAACCUAAGCCACACACUUAUACAUUUAAAUACAAAAACACAAAUUACAAAACAAAACAAAAAAAACAAAAAAAAAGCAAGAAUGCAUUAAACAAUUUUAAAAUUUAA